GACCCACACACACUCUCACUCAGCAUCAUCACGGCUCUGCUCUGCUGCACCACAGAGAGAGGCAUGCACUCUCUCUCUCUCACUCUCUAACACACACACAUAUAGACACACGUGUGCUGCAGGAGAUCUGAGUGCCAGGUCGCUGAGCAUUCACCCUCUCUCUCUCUCUCUCUCUCUCUCUCUCUCGCUCUCUCUGCCCCUCCCGAUACUGCGCACUCUCGGUUCACCUUGGCUACUGGGUGGUGUGGAGUUAUUGUUGCGUCAGAAACAGAGAGAUCCAGAGACAGCCAUGCCGGGGGAGAGCUCUCGAAGAUCUGUCCCCAAAGAAAGACACCCGGAGCUUGGAGCAGAGCAGACAGGCCUGCCUGAACCAGACAUGACCAGACAUGCCUCCACUGAUUCCACCCCUAGUGACAGCGGCUCUAGUCCCUCCCCCAGCACCCCUCAGAAGCUGCUGCCAUCAUGCACCUCUCCGUUCGGGCCACGGCUGGUUCGGGCCACACCUAGCUCCUCCGCGACCCCGCGACCCCAGCCUGAAGGUUCAGACCGUCGCCACAGUAACACGGUCCGACUUAGCGGGACAUUUGGAGGUCACGGACCCUGUGGACGCCGCAGCGGACCCGUGAAGAUGGAGAGAAUCAAGGUUCUGAUGGGCUCAGAGGUGGAGAGCGACUACAAGGAGCCAGAGAACAUGGACACACGGGUGGUGAUGGGCCAGGAGGCCCUGCUCAAGACAAAGAAAACCCUGACAGGGAAGUGCCCAUGCGGGCAGAGCAGCCAGGCGAUACCCCUGCCUGGAGGCCCAGUCUUGGAGGUCCCUAAGCCUCCCUUAGAGCCCCAGGCCGAGGCUGGAGAAAAGGCCCAACUGGACACAGGGCAGGAGAGAGACAAUUCACCUCUGACCCCAAAGUUGGAGCAAGAGCAGGAGAGAAGCCCUGUCCUGCCCAUUAGACCUCUCCUCACCCCCCUCAUCCCUGCGUCCCCUCCCUCCUCAGAGCCAGUCACAGUUGAUGUUAGCUUGAUGGGCAGCUUAAGCCCUUUGGAGGCAGGGCUGUCUCCCUAUGAUGAAAUGUCUUUUGUAUGUUCCAUGUAUGCCAUGCCCUCCCUGUCCGAGCCAGCCUAUCCCCCUGCUAUCCUAUCCUUCACUGAGCCGGCCUAUGCCGUGGACCCUCUGAGAGUGGGUGUUCCCUCGUCCCUGGAUCCUGACCUGUACUACACCGCCCCCUCCACCCCCAUCAAGAUGGCUGCUCGCCCCUUACACCUCAAACACCGCUCUUACCCCGGCUCCCCAGCCUCUCCCCUCUCACCAAACUCGGACAGUGAGGACCUGUGCUCCCCCCUUACUUCCCCCUCUGGCUCCUACGUCACGGCGGAGGGGGGUAGCUGGACCUCUUCCACCUCCCCCUGCACCUCCCCCAAUCUUCUCUUGGCAGAGGAUGUGCAGGAGGCACCUGCAUGCUUUGUCAGCUCGCUGUCCGAAAUCGGAGAUGAAGUGGGGGAGGAUAGGGGAGCAGUAGGGGAGAGGGCAGAGGAAAAGGGAGGAGGAGCAGCAGAGUGGCGGUUCUGCCUCUAUAAGGGUCUAGCAGAGACUGUGAUCCUGGAGGAGGAGGAGGUACUGAGAGGGGAGGUAAGGGGGAGAAGGAGUGAGGAAGUGACAGUCUCAAGGGGUAGCUGUCGCCCUCGCUGGGUGACAGAGGACACUUCCCCAUUGAGGAGCAGCAGCGGCAGAAGCACCGACUCCCAGGAAGAUGGAGGGGAGUCGGAGGGCUCGCUCUGCCCAGCAGAGGAUGCUCUGGCUGGGGGACAGCAGUACUCAAGUCCCCUGCUGCAAAGAGGCCUGGAGCUGGAGCUGCAGGCCUGUGUGUCUGAGGAGCUUUACCCUCCCAUUACCAACCCAGAUGAUGAUGGAGCAGACUCCCCACGGCUGACCUCCAUCUCCUUGCCCUUUGCCCCAGACAUGGGGAACCUAAGCCCUCACACCUCCAGCGUCAACCCUGCCUCCUCCAACCUUACCAUGGACACCUGCUCUCCAGAUGUGUCAGACGGGGAUAACUCCAGCCCUUACGGAGAGAUGGGUACCUUCCUGCUGUUCCCAGGCUCCUACAGUGAUGAUGGAGAGAUGGAGGAAGAGGAGAGUAUGAUCCCAGCCUCUCUGCUUAACUUCCCCCUCCACACCAGUCUCCUCUUUCAGGCAGACUCCAUGGAGAUCACUCUCUUCCCCACAGAGGAGGGGAAUGAGGGAGGAGAGGGAAACGACAGGAACGAUGUGGAUGCGUACGCGGCCGGAGAGGAGGAGGGGGACGUGGAGGAUGAUGAUGAAGAUGAUGAGGAAGAAGUGGAGGCUAAGGUAGAGAUAGAGGAGGCUAAAGUAGAAAUAGUGAUAGAGGAAGAGGUGGAUGAAGAGGAGGGUGAGGAUGUUGAGGAUGAGGAAGAGGAGGAGGAGGGUGAGGGUAAGGCUGUAAAUGACCCAGCUGAAGAGGACAACUCAGCCUCCUUCCUUCAUUCACUGUCAGAAACUUCCAUCAAUGAAGGGCUGGAUGAGUCCUUCUGUUUCCAAGACGACACUGACGACUCACUAGACUCCGCCUCUUAUAAUGGCGAAGAGGAUGAGCGACUGUACAGCACAGAGAGACAUGCUGAACCACCCACAGUACCACCCACAGGACCACCCACAGGAUCACCCACAGAACUACACCAAGCCAAACCUCAGCCUGAAACCAGACCAGAGGCCUACAGCACUGAACUGUCCCAGUCCCAGAGCAGACUUAGCCUAAUCAAUCCCCCAGGUGACAAAGAGCCCCGGCCUGAGGAUCCUCCAGGACCUAGACCACCACAACCUGCACUUGCACCUGCCCAACCUGCGGAAUCAGCCCACCCCGAGUCCUCCAACAGCAGUAGUGGGAGUGAAAUGGAGAUCUCCUCAGAGUCCUCUGACCCUCCUGUCCCCGCUCCUUCUCAGGAGAGCCCUUAUGUCCCUACCCUUACCCCUAAACUUUCUACAACCCCUUACCCUGCCUUCACUACCCCAAAGACUACUCCUGCUACCGUGUCAACCCCUGAAACCAAGGAUGACUCUCUCUCUAACCCCAACACUUACCGUGCUCCUGCCUCUAAUGCUAAAUCUGCUACUGUCUGUACCACUAACACUAACCCUGCUACAGCCUCAACCCCACAAAAUAAUUCUGCUACUUCCUCAACCUUCAAAACUAACCCUGCUACCGUAUGUACACCUGAAAUUAACCCUGCUACGGUCUCUACCCCUAACACUGACAGUGCUCCUGCCCCUAACGCUAAAUCUGCUACGGCCUGUACCACUAACACUAACCCUGCUACAGCCUCAACCCCCAAAACUACCCCAGGUACAUGCUCUACCCCAAACCCCGCUGCUACUCCUAAAACUAACCCUGCUGCUACUCCUAACACUAACCCUGCUGCUACUCCUAACACUAACCCUGCUGCUACUCCUAACACUAACCCUGCUGCUACUCCUAACACUAAGCCUGCUGCUACUCCUAACACUAACCCUGCUGCUACUCCUAACACUAAGCCUGCUGCUACUCCUAACACUAAGCCUGCUGCUACUCCUAACACUAACCCUGCUGCUACUCCUAACACUAAGCCUGCUGCUACUCCUAACACUAAGCCUGCUGCUAGUCCUAACACUAAGCCUGCUGCUACUCCUAACACUAAGCCUGCUGCUACUCCUAAAACUAACACUGCUGCUACUCCUAACACUAAGCCUGCUGCUACUCCUAAAAUGAACACUGCUGCUACUCCUAACACUAACCCUGCUGCUACAAUCGAGGAGACAGCGUCCCACAGCAAUCCUGUCAUCCUGGCAACCCAGCCAUCCCAUAACAGCCCUGUGACCCUGGCAACAGGAGCAGGGCAAGCCAAAGCAGUUGCAGAGGAAGUACAGGCUGGUACUGUGAGAGAGGAGGACAAAAGGAGCAGUGCAAAGAGAGAGAAGGACAAACAGAGUGGUGGGGAGAGAGGGAAGGACAAACAGAGCAGUGGGGAGAGAGGGAAGGACAAACAGAGCAGUGGGGAGAGAGGGAAGGACAAACAGAGCGGUGGAGAUAGAGAGAAGGACAAACAGAGCAGUGGGGAGAGAGGGAAGGACAAACAGAGCAGUGGGGAGAGAGAGAAGGACAAACAGAGCAGUGGGGAGAGAGGGAAGGACAAACAGAGUGGUGGGGAAAGAGGGAAGAACAAACAGAGCGGUUGGGAGAGAGGAAAGGACAAACAGAGUGAUGGGGAGAGAGGGAAGGACAAACAGAGCGGUGGGGAAAGAGAGAAUAAUGAACAGAGCACAGAGACUUCAGACGAGGACCACACAGAGCAGACAGACAGGGACUCAUUCAAACUACUCAUUAAGCCACGCCCCUCUAAGUCAGACACACCCCGGCCUAAACAGAAGACCUCUGAGCCCCGUAAGCCGCUCCCACGUGUGUUUGGGGUGGCAGCAGCUUCAGUCCGGUCCAAACCGCUUCUGGUGUCAGUGCUGGAACUGGACCAGAAGAACGCGAACAGCAGCGCUGAAGGUGUGGACUCCCAUCAGGUCCUUGAAGGGACCACUGCCACCAACGACCUGAACAAGGGGGUCCCUCUGCUCUCAUGCCCGAAAGAGCCUAACCCCAGCAACAUCCCUGUCUCCUCCUGCCCUGAGAGCUCACCUGACCUGGCUGACAACCUGUCCCUGACCUCUGACAUCUGCCCAUGUGACCCCGCCCAGGAGAACCUGAGGGAGAACACCCUGAGCACUGAGGACGGGGGCCCUGGGGCCCUGGGCUCCCCUCACACACCCCUGGCUGUCUCUCCCAAGAGGGAGAACUCAGAGACAGAUGCAGGGGGGAGGAGGGGGGAUGGGGGCUUGAGGGCUGAUAGGAGGGGGUUAGGAGCAGGGUCCGGGUCCUGGGGGGCAGGGGAGGCCCUAUCUCUCUCUCUGGGGCAGGGCUGUGGGUUGGAGGCACAGAGCCUAUUACUGUAUGAGGUGGAGGGACAUACGAUUGGACAGACAAUUGGACAGAAGAUUGGACAGACACUCUCCGGGCUGCCCAAUGUCGGCACAGAUGAGGAUGAGGUGGGUGAUAUAAUGGGGGACGAAGAAGACAACAACAGCCUGUGUGGUCGGCCAGACAAGAUGGCAGAUGUUGAGCUUGUGGGAGAGGGUGUGCCAGAGUCCAACCUGUCCAGCUGGAGGUCCAUCGAGGAGAUAUCAGAGGCAGGGGGAGGAGAGGACGGAAGCUCCCAAUUCCCAGAGGAUGAUGUCAGCAACCUGCAGAGUCACCCGGAAAACAAGGAGGAGCAGGAAAACAACAACAAUGUCUCAGUGUUCCUAUCCUCUGGAAUGCCAACCUGUAUGACUCUGAAUGCCCUGUCAGAGGACGUGAGACACCAGAGCCAGAGUGUGUGUCUGAGGGCGUCUCUCUCAAACAUACCACUCACAGAGGUGAGAUCACAGGCUGCUGCAGCCUCCGAUAGGCCAUCAACAUCAACUGACAGCUCAACACACCAAUCAGACAUAAGACAACCGUCCUUGUCCAUGGAAAGCCCUGGGCGUGUCUCACCACCAGGAGGUAAACCACAGACUGUCUCAGACCAGAGCCCUGGUUCAGUAGAGGCAGCCAUUUCCAGACCCAACAGUAACACAGAUAUUAACCCAGCAGUCAAACAGGCAGACCCAGCUCUGUCUCUGCUGGGUGGGGCAUUUGGAUCCUUCAGCCAUAAAAUCAGACCAAGCAACUCCAAGUCAGGCAGACUGUCCCAAGAAACUUCUCGAUCACUGAAGAAAGACACCGUAGAGAAUGUCCAAGUCUCCCAAGAAACUUCUCUCUCAGUGGGCAAAGACACAGUAGAGAAGGUCCAAGUCUCCCAAGAAUCUUCUUUAUCAGUGGGCAAUGACACAGUAGAGAAGGUCCAAGUUUCCCAAGAAUCUUCCAUAUUAGUGGGCAAAGACACUGUAAAGAAGGUCAAAGUUUCCCAAAAUCUUUUCCAAUCAGUGGGCAAAGACACAGUAGAGAAGGUCCAAGUUUUUCACGAAACAUCCCCAUCAAUGAGCAAAGACAUAGUAGAGAAUGUCCAUGUCUUCCAAGAAACUUCCCUAUCAGUGGGCAAAGACACAGUAGAGAAGGUCCAGGUUUCCAAAGAAACUUCCCCAUCAGUGGGCAAAGACACAGUAGAGAAGUUCCAAGUUUCCCAAGAGACUUCCCCGUCAGUGAGCAAAGACACAGUAGAGAAGGUCCAAGUCUCCCAAGAAUCUCCCCUAUUAGUGGGCAAAGACACAGUAGAUAAAGUCCAAGUUUACCAAGAAACUUCCCCAUCAAUAGGCAAAGACACAGUAGAGAAGGUCCAAGUUUCCCCAAAAACAUCCCCACCAGUGGGCAAAGACACGGUAGAGAAGGUCCAAGAUUUCCAAGAAACUUUCCCAUCAGUGAGAAAAUACACAUUAGAGAAAGUCCAAGUCUCCAAAGAAUCUUCCCUGUCAGUUGGCAAAGACACAGUAGAGAAAGUCCAAGUUUCCCAAGAAACUUCCCCAUCAAUGGGCAAAUACACAGUAGAGAAUGUCCAAGUUUCGCAAGAAACUUCCGCAUCAGUGAGAAAAGACACAGUAGAGAAAGUCCAAGUUUCCCAAGAAACUUCCCCAUCAGUGUGCAAGGACACAGUAGAGAAGGUACAAGUUUCCCAAGAAACUUCCCAAUCAGUGAGUAAUGAUACAGUAGAGAAAGUCCAAGUUUCCCAAGAAUUUUCCCCAUCAGUGAGCAAAGACACAGUAGAGAAGGUCCAAGUUUUCCAAGAAUCUUCCCUAUCAGUGGCUAAAGACACGGUAGAAAGUGUGAAAAAACUAUGUUCCCAGCCUCAGCCAGAGGAGACAGAGCCACAGAUGGUGAGCCAAAAAGAAGGUGGUGGCGGUCAGAAGACUGACAGGCACAUUGACCAACCAAAGACGAGUGGGGCCUUAGAAGAACAGGAGAGCAGUGUUUGUAUCUCAGGGGAAAGAGAGGUGGAGGAGAUUGCAGAGGAGAGAUUCUCUCCAACAGAGAGUGUUCCAGAACCUGCACAGCGUCAGACACCCGAGGGAGAGCUGAGCACAGAGAAAGCCAUCACUCCUCCUCAGCCAGGGAGGAGAGGGAAGCAGAGCAGAGACAGACCCAGUCAGCCGCGCAGACAAUCUCCAUCAGGCUCUGGGUCUGCUGAUCACCCACAGGAACCAGCUCUCACUGCCAAGACCCUAGAAGACACCUCCCCACCAGGGAAACAAAAUAAUAAGAAUAUGAGGGGACAAACAUCUGCUGCAGAUACCAGACAGAGGACACCUGUGAAGGGCAAACCUGAGGCAGAGUCCGAGAGGAGAGGGGAAAACAGAAACGUCUCCAGAUCCCCGACUCCCCCUAGUCCUACCAACCUCUGCCCUAUCUCUCCUGCUCUCCUACUCAACCAGGAAGUGAACAUGGAAGUGCACCAGGAAAUGCUUGACAACAGGCCGCUGCCUGGUUGCCAGACAGAAAGCAGGAAGGACAUCAACGAUAACAAUGUGGGGAGUGGCCAUGCCUCCCCUACAGAACAGAAUAGAUCUUCUUCUCCUCCACCUCUUCCCUCCUCUUCUCCUCCCCCUCUCUCCCCCUCUCCUCCCCCCAGUACCUUCACAGUGCAGCCAGAUGAGGACCUCCCCACCCCCAUACAGGAGUCCCAGCCUCUCCUCACCACAGUCCAGCCUGUCACCCCACUCCUAGACACCCAGCCUCAAUCAACCAAUCUUCAGGCAGCCUCCGCAACCCUUUCUACUACCCCUAUCGCCCUUCCUAAGCAUCCCCCUAUACCCACUGAAAGUGUCCGUAUGUCCCCUACCCCCUACUCAUUCUCAUCUCCACUCACGUCAGCCCUGCCCUCGACCCCCAGCCUUACCCAGCCCACCCAGGAGUCUUUGCCACGGCUGGAGGCUCCAACCACAGUGCCUGUCCUAGACAUCCGCUGCCAGGCCCAGCCCCAACCAAACCUCCUCACCAAGCCCAACAGACAGAUCAAGCCAGUUCAGUCACAAAGCCCACAGGACAGAGAUGGGAUGGACACAGACAGUGAUGAUGAUGACACUGCUGUUCCUCUACGACGUCACAUGACUCAGCCCAGGGGGAUUGUGGGAAACCCUUCUCAUAAAGAGUCUGGCUCCUCCAAUCAGCGAGAGAUACUGCUUCACUCCUCCCGCCAACCAACAGAGAGACAGAUAGACUGUCCAAUCAGCCACAAGGAUUCACAGGAACUGGAACUGUCCUUCAAAUACAACUUGGGCUCCUGCAAUGAGUCGGAGAGUGAGGGAUCAGUGCCAGAGUUGGAAGAACCAGGGGGCGUGCCACUGAGAUCCUCAGAACCCCAGCCCAUCUCUCCUGCUGAUGAGGGGAUUAACAGACCUAAGCAGAGCCGCAGUGAGAAGAAGGCCCGCAAGGCCAUGGGUAAGCUGGGCUUGCGGCCGGUCCACGGUGUGACCAGGAUCACUAUAAGGAAGUCGAAGAGCAUCUUGUUUGUCAUCAGCAGACCUGACGUCUUCAAGAGCCCCGCGUCAGACAUCUACAUCGUGUUUGGAGAGGCCAAGAUAGAGGACCUGUCUCAACAGGUGCACAAGGCAGCGGCAGAGAAGUUUAAGGUCCCGGUGGAGCCCUCCCCACUGGUGCCCCCUGCACCACCCAGCCUCACCAUCAAGGAGGAGAGCGAGGAGGAGGAGGUGGACGAGGGAGGUUUGGAGCAGAGGGAUAUAGAGCUGGUGAUGGCCCAGGCUAACGUGUCCCGCUCUAAAGCUGUCCACGCCCUCAGACACAACACCAAUGACAUCGUUAACGCUAUCAUGGAGCUGACCAUGUGAGAGGACCCCCCCCCCCCAAAGCAUAAAUGCCAGUGUCACAUCUGUAUCGCUGCUAUGUUGCAUUCUCCUUACCUGCUAAUAAACAGUCUGUAAUAACCACACUAGUGGGCGAUACUGUUAACCACCCUUAUACUGCACAUGUCAUGUAUGUUUAGUGAAAAUGGGGCAUUUUACAGACAGUCGCUUUUAUUACAUUAAAACAAACAGAAUACAAAACAUAGUCAAACAAGUCAGUUUAAAUCAUGCUCACAAUGAAUAAAACACAUACAGAACCAUUGAAAAGUUGA